AUGAAGGAUACGGGAGUCUGCUUCCUGGCCGCCAUCCUCGCCGCGUUCGUGCUCUUCUGUACUGUUGCCGCGGUGGAGGAUCUUCCAGAUGCGGAACCACGGGACGGCGGCGAGGGCGGCAUCGAUGCGGGAUCGCCCGUGUGGCAGGUCCUCUCCAAGAAGAACUUUUCUUCUCAGAUCCGGUUCCACCCUCACGCCCUCGUCAUGGUCACCGUUCCCUGUAUGUCUUCCCCUCCUCUCUUUUUCUCUCUCUUCUCUCGCUCGCUCUCCCAUUCGUUAAAGAAUAUCGUUUCGUUUGUGCUGUGUACGCCGUGUUCAGCUCAUUUUCGGCGAUAAACAGUCUAAUUCAUGUGAUGUGAUCUGAUCUGAUCUCUCAGUUCCCCGACAUACGAGGAAAGCACUAAGGUGUCUCGGGAUGCGUCUUAGGUGUCGUUCUGUCUCAGGAUGCGUCGUAGUGAUGACGGUGUGAGCUCUCGCUUCCGUUUAUUUGACCCGUGGAAGAUAUACUGAGAGUCUGAUAUCUUUAGAGAGAUCGUUAACCUUCCUUAUGGCUAUCAUCAGUCUCUGUCUCGUUUCGUUCUUUUCUCACCAUUGUCAUAUUUCCCCGAUUCCUUGUGUCGAAGACACGAUCCCCAGGUGUUUCGGGGCAGCUGCCCCAUGGAUAUUUCUAAAUUUAGGGACUUUGCGAUAUAGCUUUUUUUCCUCGUUGAAUCAAAGUAGUUGUAAGGGAACCGUUAUUUUUCUUGGGGAAAGAGUGGUAAUGCUUUUCUCGAACGGGGUUGCAUUUUCUUUUUGUUGUUUUGGAAUCUAACUGGUCGAUGCCAGAAUGAUUUCAAUUUGAAAUAACUAAGACGGAAUCCCAGAGUCACCCGCUUAUGUGGAGCCAUUGCCGUCAAUGCUGCUGAAUUCAUUUCUGUUAACUAUUGCCACGGGCAGUUGAUGCUGAUUUUAAUGCUAGAUUUAUUUUUAUUAGCGUGAUAAUCAUUUGCCUCAUCCAUGACGAGAAAGUUUUCUACUUAGAGAUUUUUCUCCGUUAAUUUGACAUUAACACCGUGGGUGGUAUUUUCGUGGUCUAAAUAACGCUGCUGAACACCCUGUAUCUAUUAUGAUUGCUACCUUUUUACUUCCACAAGCUUUACCACAGUUUCUUGCCGGACAUUCUUCACCUGGAAGAGUUCUAGUUUAGAUGUUGUCAAUGUAAAUGUCUCCACAGCCAGCGUGGCCACUACUAACGUAGUGGCUGUCUCCAUAAUUCCUAUUUCAACUGUCUUUAUUUACUACUUCCGGAUCUUUUUUUUUUUGGUUUAAUUACGUCUGGAUGAAGAGGGGGGAGGGGGGUCUCUGUGACUGGAUGAAGUAGCAGGAUAGAAAAUGAUUUGUGUGUUCUUCAGUGCUUAUCCCGAUGACAAGAGUCGGAGAGCAUCUGCAGGUGCCAUAUUUCUUAUAUGCUGUGGCUGUGUGAGAUGAUUUUUGGACUUAGGUUUGUGUGAAUGGUUAUACCAUUGGAGGGUGGUUCGAAUAGUGAUAAGUUCGUUGAGGGUCGACUUAUCCAUGAAGUGGAAACAGCGGUAGUAUCAGUUUCUGGAUAUGAUCCUUGAGUUGGGGCGAAGUUUUAAAAUGUUUUGACUUUGGUUAUGUUGGAUGAGACGGAGAUACUAUGGAGUACUUGAGUUAUGUUUUUCUUUUAUUGAAAGAAGCCAUUGCCAGUGUGCUAUGGUUGUUUCGAACUGUGGGCUAAGAAUUCGCAAUAUAGUUAGCCACUAAUAAUGCUACUUGAGUUGAAAUAUAAGUUGUGCGAGAGGAAUAGCUCUAAUUUUCGUGUGGCAAUCUUUAGUGAAUCGCAAUGCCCAACUUUCUAGUAAUAUGAUGUAUGUUUAUGCCAAUUGAUUUUUUACUUUCUUGGUUUGACUUCAUCAGAUGUUGUUGAGUGAAGGUUUGAACCAGACAACAAUGGAUAAAGGGAAUGGCGACUGCAAUCAAGUAUUAUAUGUAAAGGGCUUAUGCCAUUAUAAACUGAAAUUUUAACGUUUUCUCAUUGAAAUAUGCAAGCUUAAUAGUUCGUGGUCAUAAACAUUUAUGUCUGAAACAACUUGUUUCUGGCAGAAAAGUAGAAGUUUUGGUGGUUUUCAUGACUGGUGGAAGGAAGACCAUGAAUACUAAUGCCUUCCCCAACGUUAUUAGUUUCUUCUCCGAAGAUGCUGGUGGUGCUGCUGCCAUCCACUGGAUGGAGGUCAUUUUGCCUUUUUCCUUUCUCCAAUUGUUGAUACUUGGCUCCUUGGCUUAAAAUAAUUGACCAUUUUCUUAUAAAGAGAGAGGGAGCAAUGUCGAGCUCAGUUCCCUAUGGCCUCGCCAGUCAAGGGGAAAUAUAGGAUCUAUAGAUCAACAAGGAUAUUUGAUAGUCUAUAGAAGGGUCAAUAUGAAUGGCAGUGGGGUGAAUAACGUUGUAGACAGCAACCAGAGGUGAUGGUAAACCUUUCUGUGAGGAUGUGAAGAAAUUACUGACAUACUGUCAAGGAUAUCACAACCAAGAAUGAGUGGUCUUUGAAUGGCCGAGAGUCUCUGAAAGCUGAAGUGAAGGUUGGCUGGAAGUCGCCUCCUCUCAAGGAGUGGGGGAUGACAUCAAUGGUGGAAAAUGUAAGGACAACGCUGCUGCUGGAGAUAACAAGGCAAGGGCAGAUGGGCUGUGUAAACGCCCCAACUUGUAGAAUGCCACCAGUGCGAUUGCAUGGCAGCAGCAGCCACUGAUGCUUCAGCAUAGCUCACCCCACUUGGUCAGGUAGUUGAUGUGCUAGUCUGUAGUAUCAAAGCAAAAGUGUGUGAAGGUCUUUCCACCAUGUUGUCAGUCUUCAUUUAAAAUGAUGAGUCCGGAGACAAGCUUUUUAGUAAAAAAUUAAAGCUGUAAAAUUUGAGAACUAUGGGCAAAACAAAGGACAUUCCUUGGGUUUAGUAACUUGCCUUGGAGAAAAAGGCGACUUCUAGUUUGAGGAAGGCCCUCUAUAGGAAUGCUCCAGUUCUAGGGUAUGUUUAAUUGAAUGGGCAUUUAUAAAUUUGAAUUGCCAUGGCCGUUGAAUUUUUCGAUUUUCAAUCUUCAUUCCAUAUUUCGUAGACCAUAACUCAGUCACCUGUUUAUUAUGUUCACUAAUGUACAUUAUGCACCACAUAGAUAAGCUUUCCCUUCCGAACAGCUAAUAAAUAUCGUCUGAUUAUUUCCAUUAUUAUUCUGCAGGGUCUGGUGAAUCUCGAUUCCUUAUGAAGGAAAUAGCUCACGUGGUUAAAGCUGAUCAACAGCUUUCUGGCCAUCUGAAACUGAUGGUUGUAUAUAAGAAUGUUGAGAAGAUGUUAGCUGAUGCCCUUGACGCCAAGGAGGGAAUAACAUUGUUAUAUUACCAUCUUGGAAAGUCAUUUAGUUACCAAGGUCGUCCUCGUGCACAGAAUAUAUUAUCUUCAGUAUCUCGUGCAAUGUCCCUCCAACACGUUGAGAUCCCUUUUGAGUUUUUGAGCACUGCUGAAGAGCUUGGGAAUUUUUUCCAGUCCACAGACAAAGCUGUACUUCUUUUGGAAUUCUGUGGAUGGUCAGGCAGACUGUGGCAGGCAAUGUACAAUGGGAGUUCAGAGAAUCUUCUCUCUGAGAAAAGUGUGUUUCGUAGUGGUAGGUCGCACGAUUUCCUUUUUCAGCGUUCUCUUUUUCUUUUUUUGUUAAAUGCAAACGCCGAAUUGGAGAGGCUGCUAUUUUUCAUUUUCUGCUGUAAUUCAAUGGCUUUAAAUCAGAUUCUGGAUUGAGAUUUCAUGACAUAGAUUGGUGGGAAAAAUUAUUUUCUAUUUUUUAUUUCUAUAGUACUGCACAGAUGUAUCUGACCUCGUAGUUAUGAAUAGGGCCAUUGUAGAAAUUGGGUCAUUUUAGUUACCAUUUUGCGAUGAUAAAGUGUGUUUGGUAAAAGCUGUGUUCGAUUGUUCUCUAUAAACAAUUGGGCUUCAGUCAUAUAUUUUGAACUUUCUUUCUUAAUCUUGAAAUAUAUGCCAGUUUGGCCUCAUGAAAUGGUAAAGUUGUCCUUGAAUCAUUGCUUACAUGGAUUUGACGAUAUGUUUUUUGUCAGGUGUUUGUUGGUCUGGACAGAUGCUGUAUCAGGUCUAAAAGAAAAAAAAAAGAAGAAAUAAUUUUCCUCUUAGUUUUUUUCCCUUGGGUAAUCAUAAAUUAAGGUAUCACAUUGCAUGAGAAUGAACUCUGAAAUGGGUUUUUCACGUAAUUUUGCCAGUUAAAUUUCAUGUAAGUUUUAUCCUGCAGGAGACUUCCAGGGAGGAAUUCUUACAAAUGAAGAUGGAACUCUGUUUGGCGGGAAGGAAAACCAGAAGGUGAUCUGAGACUUUUUUUGGAACAACCUUCCAAUAGUAAAGAAAGAGAUAAAUGGGAUCAUUAAAUUUGAUUACAAGUUUCUUUUGGCUCAAACACAGGGAUUGGAAAAUGAAAAGCUAACAUGUAGGGUAGAAACAAAGCGUAGUGGAUUCCCUUGGUUUGGAGAGUUUUCACCGGCAAAUGAUAUUACUUAUCUUGGAAUCAAAGCUAGAACUUCUAACACUGGAACCGCUUGUACGUCAGAUAAAUUUCAGCAGUUUGAAUCUUUCUUCUCAGAAUUAAAUAGAGUCGUGAGAGAAUUUUUUCUCUCCCCCGAAAGGCAAAGAUUUGGUGUGGUUUCUGAACGAUCUUUGCUAAAAUUCCUCAGUCUUGAAGACCCACAGGGUUGGCCGCUUCUCAUUCAUUUUUCUGGAUUCCCCAGCUCGUCAGUGAUACUCGAGAAUGUGGAUGCACUCAGAGUAUCAUUACAGAUGCGUCAUUCUCCUAUUGAUGAGGUAGUGUGUGUAGUUACUUUCCCUUAUGUUCUUUAUGAUAGAAAUAUAUGGGCAUGUGUUGAUAUAUUUUGGUUCCUAGAUAUUUGUCUUGUCAAAACUUUCCAUUUUUAGGUACACUACAGUUUAUGUGACCAUGUUCCAUCACGAGGAACUGGACCUUAUUAAUCAAGCUUUCUCUUUUUUUUAUCCUAUUAUGAUUUUGAUGAGCAUUACUGCCUUCAUUUGAAAGAAAAUGUUGGGGAACAUAACGGUAGCCUAUGGUUCAGUUAUCUUCAUUUUAUGUGCUCUGGACGAAUAUUUAGUAAUUUUAAUUGGGAGGAUCGGCUGUCCUCCAGAAUUUAACCAAGGAAACUGUCAUACAAUUGUUUCCACUGAUGUUCAAUAGAAUUUCCUUCUCAAAAUGUCAUUACCUAGCUCAAUGUCAUGAUUGAAUUACCAGAGCUGUUAUGAUGUAUGUAUCAGAUCCUAUGAAACCAUAUUGGAAAUCUUACCACCUCCCUUCUUAAUGUUGGGUAAAUUGUGGUGUGACAUGAUUUUGGCCGUCUGUUAUUAUCAAGCUGGUGCUUAGCCACGGAAAAUUAAAAACAUGUUGGUUAGAUGUCUUAAAACUAAUAAUUUGCUCAGUACACCCGUAUUGAAUGGUUCCUGUAAUGUAGAGGACAACAGUAUCUAUCUUUUUGUUGAUAUUGGAAAAUAGUUUUUAAAUUCGUGAGAUUGCAAAAUGGUUUUGUUUCCGAACACAAGAUUAUCCACUAUUUUAGGUUGUAGAAACUGAAAUUUUUCCUUUGAUCUUUGUUCAUACGGAACUUAAUCUUGCCAUUUCAGUGUGGUCAUCAUUAUGUCAGCAUCUCGUCAAUACCUUUGAUAACGCUUUCAUUUCUGAUGAAGAUACAAAGAAAGCUUUUAAAAAAUGGAAAGAGGCAUGUCUUGCAGUGAAGGAUUAUGAGUUGGCGAUGCCCAAUCCUGGCAAAGACUAUCAGAACCAAUCCAUUGAUCGGUCGAAUUCUAUUCGAAAAUGUAGUAAAUACAUGGAUUGUUUACAUGCAAGAAAGUUUCCAUAGGUACUUCUAAAAACCAAUGCCCUCAUUUUAUAUCCUCCCUGUCUAGAUCCCUUUCUCAGUGAGGAUCCUCGAGCAUAGCAAAGAAAAAUAUCAGAAAUAGGGGUCAGUGGCAAUGAAUAUUUUUGAUUCUUUACUCUAUUCUCUGUUCUUCUUUGCUGUGGGGUUUGGAGGGUAUAUUGGGGAAUGCUGGUUUAUUCUCUCUUUAAGGGACAGCUAGCUCUGAAAUGGCAGAGGCGUAGUGUUUAGGCAUUUUUUGGUUGAUAUACAUAAGGCUUGGGGGAAUAAGAUUUAGGGUAACAAAACUCUGACGGAGUUGGGGCAUUUAGUGGUCUCACUUAAAGAGCCGUAGCCUGAGUCUCCUGAGGAGGCGAGGGAAAUUAUUUUUUUGUCCGUGUCAGCAGAGUUAUGAAUAAAGUUUUGCCUUUUUCUUCGUGCAUUUUGAUUCCUAGAAUCUUUUUGUUUGACUUUUCAGAAUUUCAGCAAAUGGAAACGUCAUACCCUAAAAUGGACAGUCAAAUUUUAAUCAAUGAAGACGAAUAGAUCUAUAAAUGUUCUCAAAAAUCGUGUCAGUUACUCGGCUAUUUGUCUUGGCUGUAAAAAGGAUUUUUAAUUUUCCUCUUUUGUUAUUUAACACCAAUCAUUUUACUACACUGGAGUAGUAAACUAUUUAUAGACUUCCAAUUGAUAGCUUUCUUUAAAUUCUGUUAUAGGUUGAUGGGGAUCAGAGAAACCAGGAAGGCGUAUUUCCUGUAGAUAGACCGUCUCUCGUUCUCUUUAUUGAUAGAUCAUCAGCUUCACCAAGUAUCAGGGAAGACAGCAAGUCCGCACUUGAGGUUUAUAGACAGCUUGCGCAUUACUACCAAAUCUUCAAUUCAGAUCUUUCAGCAUGGGAGACAUUCCAGGAAUCACAAAAUAGAGGAAUUUCAGGCUUUAAUGGGCGUGCAAAAAUUAAGGGUUCAUUAUCAUUGAAAACAACAAAAGACGAUGAUAAAGUAUCUUCUGUGAUUGCAAAUGAAGGUGAAAGAGUAUCCUUAGGUAAGGUCCCCGAUGGUAGUCUAGAAAAUACUGCAUAUGCUGUUCUGCGACAGUGGCUUCAACGACAGAACUCUGCUGUGCAGAAGAAAGAAAUAAAAAUUAGUGUAUUAGCAAAGGAUAUUGGUUUUCAGCUUCUGUCUGAUGAUUUUGAUGUCGAAGUAAUAGAUUCGCCGCCAGUAAAUGGAGAAAAUGAUCAAUCUAAAAGCCCCAGUGACAGUUUGAUAAUGAAGUCGGAGACCAAAGUCUUGGAACGUCCAGUGGAAUCCAAUGUCAACGUGCAUGAUGACAAUUCUGUAGGGGCAACGUGUGUAGCUGCAGUAAAAGAUGGGCACAAAUCUGAACUUCUCACCAUCAGAUCUGUUAUUCCUAUCCAGGAACUAUCUCAGUGCAGAAUAGAGAAACGAUUAGCUCUUGAAAAAUCAUCCCAGGAGUCAUCAAAGGAUGAUUUUCAAAAUCGUGGCAGCAACCCUAAAAUUUCUGGUUUUUCUGCUCAGUCUCCUCCUAAUGCGCCAUCCGCGGGAUCUGAUACGGCAAAAGGAAAAGAUACAACAGGGACUGAUGAUUUAAAUCAUCGACAAUCUAAUCGACGUGCUUUCACAGGGUCCUUUUUCUUCUCAGAUGGUGGGUAUCGGCUGCUUAAAAGCUUGACAGGAGGUUCAAAGAUCCCAUCAUUUGUGAUACUUGACCCAGUUUCUCAGAAACAUUACGUCCUGCCCAAGGGAACAGAAUGCGCUUUUGAUUCCUACGUCAACUUUGUUGACAAAUUCCUGAAUGGAAGCCUCUUUCCACAUCAGCGUUCAGAACGAUUUAGUCAAAGCCCUAGGGAGUAUCCAAGCCCCCCAUUCGUGAAUCUGGAUUUCCAUGAAGUUGACGGCGUCCCAUGGGUCGCAGCCAACGCGUUUGAAGAUCUGUUUCUAGGCUCUGCACAAUGUGACGACAGGGGCUUUGCCUGUACUCCGAAGGGUGAUAAACUGGUUCUCUUUUGCAAUCCUUGGUGUGGAUUUUGCCAGAGGAUGGAACUGGUAGUUCGUGAAGUUUACAGAGCUUUUAAAGGCUUAGAGCAUUGGUUAAGAGGUGACCCCGCAGGUAACAUCUACAUGGCUCUUUAAAGAUUUUAUUUGCUCUUCACAGUGUGUUUGAUCAAUCACUUUGGCGACCAUCGAAAUAGUGUCGCGGUAUAUUUUUCUUUUCUUGGACCUGCAUUUCUUGUUUAGUUAAUAACUAGCUCUCUUUUUUUUUUUUUUUUGGCCUGUCGGAGGGACUAAUAAUGCCUAUAUUUUUCUAAUCCGUAAAAAAAAUAAAAUGCAAUGCGCACAUUUCCUUCUCUGAGGUUUAUAUGGUGAAAAUUUGGCAAUAAUCAUAUGCCAUCAUAGAGGCACGGUCUUCCUCCCAAAGCUUGUUGGUUUACUUGAAAUUCUCUUGGCUUUGAUUAAUUCCUUGAUAGUAUUGGUAGUAGAAUGGUCUUUCUACUGGAUUAGUCUAUAUAUUUCAUAGGUCUGGGAACGGAAUAUCAUCAAUUGUCAGUUGUUUUGUUGCAUUGAUAGCUGGGGAGUAAAAAUCCUGUAGAUCGUGAGAUACAUUCGAUUCAGAAAAAUAUGGGCGACUCAAAGGAGAUGUCUCACAGAUGUGUAAAGCUAUGGGCUUUUUCCUUGGAACAAUCUUAUCUUGUCUGUCUAUAAGAUCCGAGAUAAAUACUUUCAGCAAGAUCCCCAGAUAUGCGGAGAUCAUUUAAACAGGAUUUUUUCGACUUUUUUUCUCUUUGAUUUACUUCUCCUGUGGCCUGUUCUCAUCUUGCUUAAAAUCUUCAUGUAACCCAGCAAUCCACUGCAUUCUUUCCUUCCCUGCUAUGAUCUGUCCAUUGAUAACUCGAAGAACUUAUGUCGCUGUUCAAAUAUUUCUCUUCCUCUAAUACUAUCAAUAAUUUAGACUAUUUUAGUCAGAGGAUGAUUCACCAUGGUGGUUUACUAUUUUAACCCUAGGAAAUAAUUAACGGCUGAGGUUGAAACUUGGACGAUCUUUUAACAGCCAAGAUUUGGGCCAAAUAAAGUUUUUUCUUUCUUUCCUAGUUUCUUUCCUCUCUCAUCAUCCACGCAUGGUUCUCUGCUUAUCAUUUACCGCCAAUCAUUUCUCUUGCAGUUAAGGCGGCGGAUGUCCCUGUAAAUGGUUUCCCAUCUAUCUACCGCAUGGACUGCACGUUGAACGAUUGCAGCUCAAUCUUAUCCAAAUUUGGCAAGGUAAUAAUCAUCCGAGCUCGCAUAAUUUCUUCCGCGAUCUGCAUCUGCAUCUGAGUCUCUUUCUAAUUCAUUUCAGUAGAUAAGACUCGGGCAUUGUGGGUGGAGCGUAGUGAGCGAGUGUUAUGAGCCAACCAACCAGUCUCUCUCUAGUAUCAUAUCCACACCGUCGGCGAGGUGAGAUGCCAUGACAGAGAGGCUGAGGCCUCUCAGGGCCUUUCAAAGUGAUUGUCUACUGCCAGAGGCCCUUGGUCGAGUUUGGCAUGCGUGAUCGUGCUUCUUUAUAUAGAAAAUCAGAAUGGGUAGUGAGCGUGGGAAGAUGGGUAGAAAUAGAAAACGGAGAACGUCAUGGACCAUCAUCAUCAUCAUCAGUGUUAUUAUAUGUUGGAAUCAUAUAAUAUUUAGCGCAAAGGAUCGACUCCAGUGGUAUGUUAUUUAUCAUUUUCUCUCUGAUUUUCAACCUGGGAGAUUCAGGGAGAAGACUAUCCGACCCUGCUCCUCUUUCCGGGCAAAGACAGAGACGCCAUCACUUACCAAGGCCCUGCAUCAGUGCUCGACAUCUUCGAGUUUCUCGCAGAACAUGGAACCAGCUCCCACGUUGUCAAUGAAUACAGAGGUGAACGAGCUACGAGCUCCUCUUUUUUUCCUAUCUUUUUUUUGUUUUUUUGUUUUUCAAGGUUUGCUGUUCGUCUUUUAUUUUUCCAUGGUCGGUCGUUUUAUGUACAUAUCAACCUGUUACGUUAUAUACGGAGAAGGAAAAGAUUGAAUGUUACGUCUGGGUUUGACUUUUAAAGAUCGGGAACCCUGGACCCCGUUGACCAUGGUUUCUCUCUGCAGGCAUCUUGUGGAGCCGGUCAACGCGGAGAGAUGGCGACGGAGAGCCGCCGGACGACGGGGCCUUCUCAGGAAACGCCCGCCGCCGCCCGGAGGGGUCCCCGAUCUCGGAGCCCGUCAUUCCAGCCGCCGAUCAGGAAUCCGGCGGCGAUGCGGCGACGGUGGAGGUGGGGUCCGUCCUCACGGCGACGGAGAAGCUUGUGGGGGCGUACCCUUUCGAGAACGCCUCCGUACUGAUCGUGAGAGCUGACCAGGACAGCGGCUUUCAAGGGCUGAUCUUGAACCGGCGGCUCAGCUGGGAGGUCUUCGAGGGGCUGGACCUGGACGUGGAGGCGCUCAGGGCGGCGACGCUCUGCCACGGUGGCCCGGUGAGUUUGAGGAACUUCCCCUUACUCAGCCUGGCCCGGAAGCCACUGCAGGGCUACACCCAGGUGGCGGAGGGCGCCCUGUUCUUCGGCGACCCCUUCGCCACCGGCGCCGCCGUCGGCCAGAUCAGGUCCCGCAGCCCCGCCUCCGCCGCCGCCGGAGACCUGUGGUUCUUCUUCGGGUACUCUAGGUGGGGGUGGACCCAGCUCGCCGACGAGCUGGCCGACGGGGUCUGGCAGGUGGGCCACCUCGCCGCCGGAGGCCUGGAGUGGCCCGAUGACGGCGGCGACGACUACUCUGCCGCCGCCCAGUCAUCAUCCCCAGGUACCUCUUCUUCUUCAACUUCAUCGUCGUGA